GUAAACAAAGUGUUUGCGCAUUGGAAUGAAACAUGGCCACCACAGAAGCCGGAUGUGAGCAUUAUGUUCGCAGCUGUUUGUUAAAAGCACCCUGCUGUGGGAAGUUUUAUGUGUGCCGACUGUGUCAUGAUGAUGAAGAGAAUCAUCAAAUGGACCGAUUUAAGGUUCGAGAGGUUAAAUGUGCAGUGUGUAAUACUGUUCAAGAGGCUCAACAGACAUGUAAGGAAUGUACAGUGAAGUUCGGCGAGUAUUACUGUGGCAUUUGUCAUCUGUUUGAUAAAGACAAGAAGCAGUACCACUGCCAGCCCUGCGGAAUAUGCAGAAUUGGUCCAAGAGAGAAAUACUUCCACUGCACGAAAUGCAAUUUAUGUUUAGCCACUGAUCUUAAACAUAAUCACAAGUGUGUUGAGAAUGUCUCCAGACAGAACUGUCCUGUAUGUAUGGAAGACAUCCACACGUCCAGAAUAGGGGCUCAUGUUCUUACCUGUGGUCAUCUCCUACACAGAACAUGCCUUGAAGAUUUGUUCCAAACUGGUUUUCUGUUCUGCAGUGCUUACCGCUGUCCACUGUGUAAGCACUCGGCCUUGGACAUGGAGCAGCACUGGGAACAGAUGGAUAACGAUAUUGCCCAGUCAUCCAUGCCCACAGAGUACCAGGACUCAACAGUUAAGAUAAUAUGCAAUGACUGCCAGGCUCAUUGUACUGUCGCCUUCCAUGUGUUGGGGAUGAAAUGCAGCAGCUGUGGCUCCUAUAACACCACCCAGGACGGGGGGCUGAUCAUGCCUCCUGUUGUAGACACACAACAUACUGCAGAACAGCCAACUGAAGAAGAGCAUGAUGCUGAGCAACAUGAGUGACGUUAAGACUCUAAUAACUAAUUUAAUAAAAGCUUUCAUCUAUCUACCAUGUCUAUACAACAAUUCUGUGUUAUUGCUUCAUUAAAAUGAAUGAGAAAUUGAGAACAUUUGGGUUGAGGCUUCUUUAAUCAGAUGAUGGACACUGUCAGAUCUUCUCUUGAUUCCCUAGUCAGACCUCUAAUUGUCUGGGACACGCAUGACAAAAAUUUCCAUAUUCACUUUCUCAUAAAGAAUGACCGCAUUUGGUUGCACAUCAUUUUCUGAUUAAGGUCUAUAUUCGAGUGGUGGUGGCGUAGUGGGCUAAAGCACAUAAUUUGUAAUCAGAAGGUUGCUGGUUCGAUCCCUACAGCCACCACCAUUGUGUCCUUGAGCAAGGCACUCCAGAUUGCUCCAGGGGGAUUGUCCCUGUAAUAAGUGCACUGCAAGUUGCUUUGGAUAAAAGUGUCUGCCAAAUGCAUAAAUGUAAGUAUUCUGGUUAAGCUUUUAUUCUAAAUAAAAGUUUACUUGCUUAACAGUUGGUAGAAUAUUCUUGUUUAUGAAAACCCCUUUAUUCAUUGAUUUUUCUUGUAACACCAUUUUUGGGCAGUUCAAGUUUGUGGAAAAAAUCUCAUAUUAAACUGGCAACUCUUUUAAAUGUUAUUUAUUGUUCUAGUAAACCAGAAACACUGUUAUAUAAAAGCAAAAUAUUAAAUAUGAUUACAUGAAUAUAAGAUGAUCAUAUUAUGUAUUA